UUUUUUUUUUUUCUUUUUAUAUAGAGUUUUAAAUGACGACUCGUAGUCCUGCAAGAAAUAUUAAACCAAUUAUUUUUUAUAAUGACUUAUUUCAUUAUGUUGAGAAUAAUAAUGGAGAAACUGAACAAUAUGCGUUAUUUAGCAUUUAUAAUUUAAACUUGUCUUAUGAAGAAUUACGUAAGGAAAUUAUCAUAACGAUUGGAGGUGAAGAUUCUAUAACUGUAACUUCGUUUGAUGAAUUUGCUAAAUCUGAUAGUUCGAGUGAAAGUUCUUUGGAAGGAUCUUUUAUUGCAGUAGAAUCAAGUCCAGAAUCAAAUGCUAAGAGUGUCAAGGUUAAGAUAUCUUUUAAAUCACAAAAACAUCGAGAUGUAAUUGAACAACUUCGUUCUUCACAAACUAUUAAAGAUUUAACACUUAAUGGAUUUGCAGAUUGGGUUCCACUCGAUAGUAAAUCAUAUAUUAAUAUAGAACGUAAUUCAAAAUGUGAAAGAACUGGAAAUAUUCUUAAUACAACAAAAUUAAGAACUUUUGAUGAAGAUGUUGAUCCAGAUUCUUUGGAAUCAGCUAUUAAUGAAAUUCAUCGAGAAGAUGAAGUCGAAUCAGCUUUAGAAAAAUUAUUUCCUGGUCCAAUUGUUACAAUUAAUCGUGAAGUACACGAUGUUGUUAUGAAGGUGGUUGUAUUUGAAGUUCGUAAUAACUUUGAUGAAGAAAUUGGCAAAUUAUUUAUUGAAGUAUUAAAUUCUUUAAUUGAAAAUCAUGGUCUUGAUGAUAGUUCUAAGCAAUUUACAGCAUUUGAUGUACUUGUUUAUCGGUUAUUUACAGUUAUAAGAAAUUUAACAUACCUUAAUGAAUUAUAUGGAGAAUCUAAGAUUCCUACUUGGGUUCCAUUUGUUGCUCAACCAAAACUCAGAGAAAUCAAAGAUAAAAUUCCUGUUAGUCGUGAUCAUGAAGAAAAUUAUCUUUUAAAUCUAGUAGAAUUUACUGAUCUUGAUGAACCGUUAGAGAAACUUCAUCCGUUAGUUAAACGUUUACGAGGAGAAGUUGAAAUUACACAACGUAAAAUAAAUGAUUCUACUAAAAAAUGGAAAACUCCCAAGAUAGCUUCUAGUCUUUUAUUUUAUGGUUCUAUAGCCAGUAUUGCAAUUGCUCCAUUGGCAUUUUUCUAUAAUAAUAGAGCAGCUAGUGCAGUUUCUUCUAAUCGUAUCAAGGUUUCAAUUGGAUGUUUAUUAGGUGUUGUAUUAGGUAUAUGGUCAAAGAAAUCUUAUCAUGAUUUUCAUAAAGCAAUUAUUCAUACAAGACAAAUAGAUCCUUUAUUAAAUUCAACAAAAAUUAGUGUUGAAUUGUUGGAACAAUUGUUGUUAGCUAGAAAUAAUGAAGAUGGUGUAUGCAAAAUUAACUUAAAUAGAGGAAGAAAAGUUAUUUUAAAGCAAUUGUUUCAUAAGUUUGUAUCAGUUAAUUAUAUAGUUUUAAUUUAGUAUUCAUUAUAAAAUCUAAUUAAUUCAUAUUUAGUACACAUAAAUAUAUAUUAUAUAUAUAUAACUUUUUUAUUUAUUUAUUUUUAAUUAUGAUGAUGUUAUUCUUAAUAACUCCCAAAAUUUAAGGUUAGUUAAUAGUGACUUGAUUAAUUGUAGUUUAUUUAUCGCAUAUCCUUUCGUGAUAAAUAGUACGUCACUCCCGUUAUAUAUAAUUUUACCGCGCCUGUGGUGGCAAACUAUAUUACAAUUGUUUACCUUAAAAUUUUGCUACAUUUAUACAAGAUCAUCAUAAAAAAAACAAUCAUUUUUUUUU